AUGUUACACUUCUGUUGCAUGAGCUACACCAGCUCCCAGGUUCCUUCCAGGUUGCACAACAGUCCCAAGCAUGACAGUGCAAGUGCAUGCAGGACCAAAGAAGAAGAGUUCCUGCCCAAACACAGAAUCGUACCCAAGAAAUACCAGCAGUUCCUGGCCUUGGUGUUUGCAAUCAGAGAAGUCAACAAGGAUCUGGUUCUCCUACCCAACAUCACCCUUGGCUUCCACAUCUAUGACAAUCAUGAGAUUGAGAGGAGGAUUACUUUACUCAGCCUCUCCCUUCUCUCCACACGAGGGCAAAUGGUUCCAGGUUACAAAUGUGACGGACAGGACAUUCUGCUCUCUGUCAUUGGAGGUCACGAUUCCAAAUCCACAAGGCAGAUGGCCUCCAUCUUCAGCAUCUUCAAGAUCCCACAGGUUCUUUUCUUUUUGAGAAAUAUCCAAUUUAACAACAGCGCUGGAGAUGAAGUCUACUUCUCAGAAGAUGGACUGGAUUCUGCUCGAUUUGAUCUUCUCAACUGGGUUUUUCUCCCUAAUCAAUCUUUUGUUCCCACAAAAGUUGGAGAACUAGAUCCUGGGGGUUUCCCAGGCCAGGAUUUCAAAGUUAACUCUGAUGGAAUCAUCUGGGCUACAAAGGAAGACCAAUAUCCCAACAAGGACAAGGAUCAAUGCAUUGCCAAGAAGAUUCACUUCCUUGCCUAUCAAGACACCGUGGGAUACAUUUUAGUUUUUCUCACUCUCUUUUUCAAAGUGAUCACAGUGGCAGUUUUGCUGAUUUUCUAUAAACAUCAUGACACACCCAUCGUGAAGGCCAACAACCGAGAUCUCACCUACAUCCUCCUGGUCUCCCUCCUGCUCUGCUUCCUCUGUUCUUUCCUCUUCAUUGGUCAACCAGGGAAGAUCACCUGUCUCUUACAACAAUCUGCUUUUGCAAUUCUCUUUUCCCUUGCGGUUUCCUCUGUGUUGGCGAAAACUGUCAUGGUGGUUCUGGCCUUCAUGGCCACCAAGCCAGGGAACAAGACAAGGAAACUCUUAGGAAAACCAUUGACCAACUCCAUUGUCUUAGCUUGUCCCCUGGUCCAAGCCCUUCUUUGUGCCACCUGGCUGGUAACCUCUCCCCCAUUUCCUAACUUGGACUUCAACUCCUUGUUUGGAGAGAUCAUCUUGGAAUGUAAGCAAGGCUCAGCUUUAAUGUUCUACAUUGUCCUUGCCUACCUAGGUCUUUUGGCCCUUGUCAGUUUCACAGUGGCAUUUCUUGCUAGGAAAUUGCCUGACAGCUUUAACGAAGCCAAGUUUAUUACUUUCAGCAUGCUGGUCUUCUGCAGUGUUUGGAUCACUUUCCUCCCCACCUACCUGAGCACCAAAGGGAAGUCCAUGGUGGCUGUGGAGAUCUUCUCCAUUUUGGCCUCUGCGGCUGCUCUCUUGGCUUGUAUCUUUUUUCCCAAAUGCUACAUUAUUCUGCUGAGGCCUGAUCUGAAUUGCAGAGCAAAUAUAGUACGAAACAAGAAUUUCUAA